GUGGUGGUGGUGGUGAUGGAGAAGACUACCCGAAUCCCUGGGUCAAGUCAUAAUAUUUAACGGUUCUUGUUCCUGCAGAUUGAUCCUGUGGUUCUUUGUCUCUCCUCCAGCCAGCCUUUGCAUCAUUCAUCUCAUCCAAACUUCUACCCCAGCGGUUCUCCCCCGCAUUUCCUUACCCCACACAGAAGUGGAAGUUACCCCAACUUUUCCCCCGUACCCUCCCCCGCCAAAAACCGUUUGUUUACUCCACCCUCUUACACGGGCGAAGAUCACAACCAAAACAAACCAACAAAAGAAAACAUGGCGCCCCUAAUUACACACAUGUACACCGCGGACCCCUCCGCCCACGUCUUUAACGGGCGCGUGUACAUCUACCCCUCGCACGACCGCGAGACCGACAUCCAGUUCAACGACAAUGGCGACCAAUACGACAUGGCUGACUACCACGUCUUCUCCACCCCCUCCCUGGACCCUCAGGGUCCCGUGACCGACCACGGCGUCGUCCUCAAGACCGAAGACGUUCCCUGGGUGUCCAAGCAGCUCUGGGCUCCCGACGCCGCCUGCAAGAACGGCAAAUACUACCUCUACUUCCCUGCUCGUGACAAGCAGGGCAUCUUCCGCAUCGGCGUCGCCGUUGGUGACAAGCCCGAGGGCCCAUUCACUCCCCAGCCGGAGCCGAUCAAGGGAUCUUACUCGAUCGAUCCCGCCACGUUUGUUGACAAUGAUGGCGAGGCUUACCUGUAUUUCGGUGGACUGUGGGGUGGACAGCUGCAGUGCUACCAAAAGGGAAACAACGUGUUUGACGCCGAGUGGCAAGGGCCCAAGGAACCCACGGGCAAGGGCGUCAAGUCCUUGGGAGCUCGUGUAGGUAGGUUGACGCAGGACAUGCUAGAGUUUGCGGACGAGGGGGGUGUGCGCGAGGUGACCAUCCUGGCUCCCGAAACGGGCGAGCCGCUGGACGCGGACGAUCAUGAGCGUCGCUUCUUUGAGGCCGCGUGGAUGCAUAAGAGGAACGGCAAGUACUACUUUUCUUACUCGACGGGCGACACGCAUUUCCUGUGCUACGCCGUGGGCGACUCGCCUUAUGGACCGUUUACCUAUGGUGGAAGGAUUCUGGAGCCGGUGCUGGGGUGGACGACGCAUCACUCGAUUGUCGAGUUCCCGGAGAAGAGUGAUAGGUGGUGGUUGUUCCAUCAUGACUGUGAACUGAGCAAAGGAGUGGAUCAUUUGAGAAGCGUGAAGGUUAAGGAGAUCUUCUUUGAUGAGGAAGGGAAGAUUUGUGGGGAAAAGCAGCCGGCUGGGAAGUAAAGUAUAAUGGGAAUGGGUAUGGGUAUGGGCGAAUUAUUAGUAGUCAGACUAUCCUUCUGAAUCAUGGUUUCUCUCUGGACAUACCCAGGCUUGUCGAUUCAUGAGCGCAUGCUCGAAGGGUUUCGGGCUGACAUGACGAUUUCGGCCAUUGGAGGCUGAUGUCCUGGUUAUAAGAGGGUGCAAUUGAUUGCUUGCCGGUGAAGGUUCCUGAAGACUACCUACCCUUUUCUUCUCCUG